GCCACUUAUUUCUGCACUCCUGUGACUCAGAUUCAGCCGACAUUGUCAGCUAACAUCACAGAGCCAUUCCAGAUCAUCAGAGCACUGAUGAUUAAUGUGCCGUGAUGAUCUGUGUAGCCCCAGCAGCGCCACCUGUCAGUGUCCACAGUGCCAGCUCUCAGUGCUCAUCCAUGCCACCUGCCAGUGCCACAUCAGUGCCACAUUUCAGUGCCCAUCAGUGCCACAUCAAUGCCAUAUAUCAGUGCCCACCUGAGCUGCCUUUCAGUGUCACCCAUCAGUGCCAGUCAGUGCCACCUAUCAAUGCCAGUCAGUGCCACCUAUCAGUGCUGCCAAUCAGUGCCAGUCAGUGCCGCCUAUCAGUGCCAGUCAGUGUUGCCUAGCAGUGUGCAUCAGUG